UGUAAAUAGAAAACAGAGUUUUGUCUUUUGAAAAAAAAUGAUUAUCGUGAUUUUCAUUGGUAUAUUAUUAAGUCUUUUAUUAUAUCUUAUAUAUACAUUUUUUAUUAAGACGCAUUAUGACUUCUGGUUACGAAGAAAUGUUAAAGGACCAAGGCCGAUUCCAAUUUUUGGAAAUGACUUUUCAAUUUUUAUUGGAAAGACUCAUCCGAGUGAAUUAAAUAAAAUUCACUAUAACAGAUUUAAGGAUGAAAAAAUGAUUGGUAUUUUUCGAAAUACUUUACCAGUCCUGAUACUGAUUGAUGAGAAAUUAAUAGAACAUGUCCUUACUAAGGACCGUUUGAUCUUCCCUGAUCGGGGAAUCGGACUUCAAAAUAAUCCAAUGGAAUUAUUACAUCAUCAUGUUUUUAAUUUAAGAAAUACAGAUUCCGAUCAUUUAAAGAAAAGCUUAUCCAAAGUAUUUUUAAACACGAAGAUAGAUGAAAAAUCUGAAAAAAUUACCAAUAUAAUAGAUGAUUUUUUAUUACAUAUCGAUGAAAUUAUAAAAAACUCAAAGUUAAUUGACAUUUGUCAUCUUUUAAAUAAAUUGACCACUGAAAUAAUUGGGGAGUACGGGUUUUCAUUAAAAAUGAAUGAAUUCAGUAAUUUAGCUAAAAUUUUUAAUUCUAAUAGCAAAAAAAGUAAUUAUUUUAAAUUCCUUAAACACUAUUUUAGAGAAUAUCCGACAUUUAAUACUAGCAUUUUGGAAUUUCUUCAUACGUGUGUAAUUAAAUUUACGACUAGUAAUAAUGAAAAGAAAACAGCUUAUUACACUAAACUCGUACAAGAUGUCGAAACAUAUAGAUAUAGGAAUGCAAUAAAAGAAAAAGAUUAUUUUGGGAAAUUAAUAGAUGUAUAUAAUACUCAGGAGAGAAAAAGUAUAGAUUUAACCGAUAAAUACAGCUUCAUGGCAUCACAGACGUAUUUAUUUUUUAAGGCUGGAUCAGAAAGUAUUGCUAUUACAAUAAGCAACGCUUUGUACGAAAUUGCAAAUAAUAAUGAUAUUCAAAAUAAAUUGCGUGAUGAGAUAAUUAAAGCUUAUAAUGAAUCAGAUUGUCAAGUAUUAAAUUCGGAUAAUAUUAAAAAUAUGAAAUACUUAGAUAAAAUUUAUAAAGAGACAUUACGAAAAUAUCCGCUCAGGGAUAUAAUAAGAAUAUGUAAUAGAGAAUACACAUUUAAUGGAACUGAUGUGACUAUUCCGAAAAACACACGAAUAAUAAUACCGCACUAUGCGCUACAAAGGGACGAGAGAAUUUAUAUCAAUCCAGAAAGAUUUGAUCCUGAUCGACUCGUAUCCAAUAAAAGUAGAUUUCAUUAUAUGCCAUUUGGCCAUGGAUCACGCCAAUGCAUAGCUGGUCUCUUUGCUGAAUUCGUAUUCAAAAUUGUUGUACUAAAAUUAGUAAAAAAUUGUAAGAUUAUAAAUGUAGAUACGGAACGUGAAAACGACCCAUGGAAAAUAUUCAUUAUUGGCUUUUAUCACUAUCUCAAAUUACAUUUUAACUUUUGGAAAAGACUUAAAGUCGUCGGACCAAAACCAAAUAUAUUUUUCGGUAAUAUUAUUGACGUAUUUUUUGGAAAAAUCAAUAUAGCCUUGCUGUUAAAAAGAUAUUACGAGGAGUACGAAGGCGAAAAAUUAAUAGGCAUCUAUACUAUGCGCUCUCCUAAUUUAAUUAUCAAAGAUCUUGAUUUCAUAAAGAACGUGCUAAUAAAGCAUUUCAACGACUUUUCCGACCGUGGAAUCCAUAUACCUAAAGAUCCCUUUGACCAAACUCUCCUGAACUUAAAGUAUGACGAAUGGAAGGCGCUCAGGCAUACUUUAUCACCCACUUUCACUUCGAGCAAGCUCAAAGAAAUGUUCUAUUUAAUGGAAAAUUGCGCUGCUCGUUUUGAAAAAUACAUAGAGCAUGUAACGAAAAAUGAUGAUCCGAUAGAAUGCCGUGAUUUAACGGCAAAGUACACCACUGAAAUAAUAGGUGUUUGCGCAUUUGGCCAGGAGUUCAAUGUUUUUGACGACGACAGCAAUAAAUUUCGUGAGCUCGGGCGAACGACUUUUGAAAUAAGUUUUACGAGCACAUGCAGACGUUUCACGCGAAACUUUUUACCACAAAUUUAUGAUCGAUUGAAAUGUUUGCAAUAUAGAAAGGGGCUCGAUUUCUUCAUUAAAUCUAUAACAAAUACAAUGGAGUACAGGAAUAGGAAUAAUUUAAGGAGAAACGAUUUUGUCGAUUUAUUAAGAGACAUGAAAUAUAAAUCGGGCAACACGAAUAAGAUAGGAGAUAUAGAAUUAUCCAAUAGAUUUUUAACUGGACAAGCGUUUAUAUUUUUUGCCGCUGGUUUUGAAACUUCAUCAACUACGAUAAGUAAUACAUUUUAUGAAUUAGCGUUAAACGAAGAUAUUCAACAUAAUCUUAGACAAGAAAUCCAAGAACAUCUUGAAAAUAAUAAUGGAAAGUUGACAUAUGAUAUUGUGACAAGGAUGACAUAUUUGGAUAAAGUUGUUAAAGUUAUUGUUCAUCGCGUUAACCACUGGGUUUCAGAGUCACUAAGGAAGUAUCCGCCGGUAGGUUUCCUUCAAAGAAAAUCAGUGAGCUCUUAUACCUUUGACGACACGAAUAUCACAAUACCAAAGGAUACUUCGAUCUAUGUGCCCGUAUGGGCGAUUCAUCACGAUCCAAACAUUUAUCCUCUUCCCGAAAAAUUCGAUCCGGAAAGAUUUAACGAUGAAAACACUGAAAGUAGACAUCCCAUGAGCUAUUUACCAUUUGGUCAUGGGCCGCAUAAUUGCAUAGGCAACUAUUGA